AGCCCUUUUGGCCGAACCGCUUCUGCCACCGCCGCACUGUGGCGGUCUGCCCCGCUCCAGCGCCGCGCCGUCGGCAGCCCCCUCCCCAGAUGGGCCGCGCGAGCCGGACGGGGGCCCCCAGGCCUGCCCCUGCGGGCGGCCGCAGCCUGCCGCCUGCUGCGCAGGCGCCCAGCACGAUGGCCCCCACUCUGCUGCAGCGCAGGUGCGCGCCAGGCGGGCGCGGAGAGGCGAGCGGGUUCCGGCCCGACAAGGCGCUGGCCGCGCGCCCGCCGCGAGGCUGCACAGAUGCCGCGGCUGCGGGCGGCAAGGGCGCCAUUUCCCUGCUCCAGGAGUUCGUCCAGUGCACGCAGGCCUGCAGUGCCCCGCAGGAUCGCCCAGUGCUGCAGUGGAGCUUCGAUCGGCGCGCCACCGCCGGGGCAUCCGAGUUCUGCGCGACGGCGGCCCUCGUGCUCGACGGGGUCCCACACCACGUGGUGGGCGCGUGGCAUGCGUCGAAGAAGGCCGCGCAGCGCGACGCGGCGGACCGCGCACUCGGCUACUUUGUGCGCUCCUGGGGCGAGGCGCUGCUGUGGCCAGCGCCCGACGCGGGCGGGCCCCCUGUCGCGCUGGCGACGCGGGCCAGCGGCGGCCUCACGGCUGCCGGCGGAGAGCGACGGGUGUUGGAGAGCAGUUCUGCUCCUCCGAGCGCGCGUGCGGCGGCAAGCCGCCCGGCUGGAGCUGCAGGUGGGACGGCGGCCAGUGCAUCGCCACCGCUGAGCUGGAGAUCCUCGGCGUGAGGCACAGUUUGGCUGGCGUGCCUCGCGGCAACGAGCAGGAGGCUAUCGCAGCGGCGUCCCUCCGCAUCCUGUGGUAUCUCCAGUGCCCUGGCUACGAGAACGCCCUCGAGCUGGACCCCGCGGCGCCGGCGGCGACCGCGCGGGACAUCCCCGCCGCGCCCGCCGAAUGGCUCGAGGGCAGGUAGCUGGCAGCUCGAUGGCUCUCGGGCCGUGGCGCGAGGCACCCCCGCCGCGCCCUCCAGGCGGCAUCCUUCGAGAAACACAUAGGUGCCGCCAGGGGGCUCCAGCGCUGAUCCGAGAAAUUCGCGCGGAUCUCCGAAUGUUUGUGUUUGUGCCAUUCUUUGUCCGGCGACUCCGGCGUCGCACCUGGCGCGCUCCGCACUCCAGGGAAGGGGGUCCAGCACCGAUCCACGAAAUCAGCGCGGGCCUCCGAACUUCUGUGUUCAUGCCGUUGCUUAUUUUCCGAUUCCCGGGACAGGCAGCGCUGGUGGCUCCCGCCCGCGGGGGCCGCCGCGGCCGACCGACGCGCAGGCCAGCUCAUGAUCGCGCGGGGGCCGCGUCGACCACUGUGGCGUGCGGUGUGAGGCCCGUCGUCUUCUGAGGCGCGGAGUGUCACGUUUUCUGCGUCCGCAGGGGCUCGUCGCCAGAGCUUUCACCGGUCACCGUGUUCUGCAUGCAGAGGUAUACUUUGAUGUCGAUCUGCCACAUGGUUUCCCGUGUGGCUCCUGUGUGCACGAGCAUGGUGCUCGGCGAGUGUGCUUCCCCUUUGCCCUCCUCUGCUCCCCAGGUUUCUUGCGUUUUCUUUCUCUUUAUAUCUCACGCACCCAUCUUCGGCGCCGCGCUUGUACGAGACAUGUAAAGUGGACUCUCGACAUCCAUUGCCGUUGUGGUAUCCGCUCACGCUUCUCAUCUUUCGAAGUUGUGCUGAUAAGCAGCAGCACGUUGUUUAUGCCGGGCGUUGUGAGAACGACACGGACGCGUGAAAGGAGCAACGGGCUUAGAUGAUAAAUAGCAGUCAACUCCUGCGUCUCGUUGUCGAAAACGACAUGAGGACGGUGCACUGAAAACAUGCGCCAAUUUUGAGGCUGCAUUGUAGCUUUUCUGUGCGGCACAAGCCCGCAGCGUGUCGUCCGUUACACUUAGCUUUCACACGUGGGGGUCUUUCCUUGCGCCGCUCGCUUCCGCCAGCCCCCUCCGCUCACUACCUAUCCAACUAUCCCUCCGCCCUGUGACCCUGCGCGGUCUCGCUUUGGCUGCUGCUGCUGGC